AUGAACUUACGGGCAGGAUCAGAAUAUAAUAGAAAUAGAAUAGAGUGUGCCGUAAAACAAAAAAAAAUCAAGAUGGAACAGAGCUCACUAGAAAUUCGCCUGAAUUUUACACAACAAGACCUACUUGUAUUUACUCGUGUGCAAGGAUUAAAGAAACGAAUGGAAAUAAUAAUGGAGUCCCUAGGAUCAGCGAAGACAGCCCAUCGAAUAUUUCAACUGGAAUAA